AUGUCUGCCCCCGGUGAAGACACGUUUGCUGGGAAAGACGAGAUGGAGGAGAUGGACAGGUUUGGCAGCGACGAGGACGAAGGAGAAGACAUGGAGGAGGAAGGAGAGAACAGAGAGGAGGGGGAUAAGGUGUACGUUCCCGGAAUGGAGCCACUUCAGCCCGGAGAGGAGCUGGAGAUGGACCGGUCUGCGUACCGCAUGUACCAUGAAUGCCAAACAGGGGCUCCGUGUUUGAGCUUCGACAUCCUGAGAGAUGGAGAUGGGGAGGGAAGGGCAUUUCCUCUGUCCAUGCUGGUCUGUGCAGGCACACAGGCGGACACAGCUCUGAGCAACAGACUUCUUGUCAUGCGCAUGCAUAACCUCCAAGGAACAGAGAAAGAUAAAGAGGGAGAAGGCAGUGAUGAAGAAAGUGAUGAUGAAGAGGAGGAUGAGGAUAAGAAGCCACAGAUGGAGCUGGCCAUGUUGCCGCACUAUGGAAUCAUCAACCGAGUCCGAGUGACAUGUUGUGGAGAACAGCCUUUAGCUGCUGUGUGGUCAGAGAAGGGCCAGGUUGAAAUAUUUGACCUCCGACCUCAACUGGAGGCGGUCCACAAUACUGCUGCUAUGGCAGCAUUCAUUAAUCAGCACAAGGAAGCCACCGCACUCUUCAGCUUCUCUGGACACAUGACCGAAGGCUUUGCACUUGAUUGGUCACCCACAGUACCUGGUCGUCUAAUCAGCGGAGACUGCAAAAAGAACAUCCAUCUGUGGGAGCCCAGAGAGGGUGGGACUUCAUGGCAGAUUGACCAGCGACCUUUCAGCUCACACAGCAAGUCAGUGGAGGAUCUGCAGUGGUCACCUACUGAAGCUACAGUAUUUGCAUCGUGUUCAGUAGAUCAGUCUAUCCGUAUCUGGGACAUCCGUGCGCCGCCCAAUUCUAUGCUGUCAGCCAAUGAAGCGCACACAUCAGACAUCAAUGUCAUAAGCUGGAACAGGACCGAACCAUUUCUACUGUCAGGAGGGGAUGACGGGCUUCUGAAAGUAUUGGACCUGCGACAGUUUAAUACUGGGCGGCCUGUGGCAAACUUCAAGCAGCAUGGUGCUCCAAUCACAUCCGUGGAGUGGAACCCAGUGGACUCCAGUGUGUUUGCUGCCUCAGGAGCAGACGAUGUCAUCAGCCUGUGGGAUCUGUCUGUGGAGUCAUGUGAUGUGGGUGCCAGGGUUGAGGGGGUGAAGGAUUUACCCCCACAGCUACUGUUUCUGCACCAGGGUCAGUCAGAGAUCAAGGAGCUCCACUGGCACCCACAGUUACCGGGCGUGAUCGUCUCCACAGCUCUGUCGGGCUUCAACGUGUUCAGGACAAUAUCUGUAUAGUUUAUGUGAAUACACAUUAAAUGUGUGCGUGCCAUAAGCAAAAAAUCCAAAUGUUUCAUCAUUAAGGAGCUUGUAAUAUUGUAAAUAACUGGAGGUAGAUCCCUAGUAGGUCAUUUAUCAGCUAAUGUAGACACCAUAUGGACUUAUAAUUCCUAUUGAACUUUCAGUCUGUUUGUUUUACAGAUGUUUCAGCUAUUUUAGGUAUUUCCUCUUCAGUACUUGAAAUAAAAUGCUUGUUUUAUCUAGAA